AUGGAUAACCUGAUUGUCAAACGAUCAACGAUUAAAGGAGGUGGGAAAGGUGUCUUUACUGCUAUUGAUAUCAAAGCCGGCGAGACGAUCGAAGUCUGUGAGACGAUGAUCUUUGAUGAAGCAGAAGCCCGUGUACUUAUUGCAUCAACGAAGCUUUGUAAUUAUGUGUACGCCCAUGAAGAUGGGAAGCGGGUGAUCCUGGCAUUGGGUAAAGGAUCGUUGUACAAUCAUAAAAGCCCUUCGAAUGCAGAGUAUCUUUUUUAUGCAAAAAAGGAGCAGAUGUAUAUCGUUGCGGCAACCGAUAUUCCUAAAGGCAAGGAAAUAUUUAUCAAUUACGGUGGUAGCCAGCAUGCACCGUAUGUGAUUGACUUUUAUUGA